AUGGAUCCCAUCACAGGAUUCCCAAGGUUCCUAACUCCAAUUCUAGCGUCGCUAGCAGCCAUCGUCCCAGUUGCCCGGGCACAGAAUGUGGCAACGUCGUCAACAGCAGCGUGGUCGUCGCAGAUUGUGGCAUUCUGGGGAGCCGUGGGCAUCGGUGUCAGGGCGAGCAAUGCCCAGAGGCCCAGCAACCCGAUCACGUCCACCAUCGCAUCACUCGCAAUUCUCCAGCGUGCUUCCGCCGCAGCCUCUGCCAUACAGAGUGGCAACUGGUACGUGUUCGCUCCCGGAUACAAUGGCGGCAAAACCAGGAUAGACGUGCUUCUUCUAAGCUGGAGGACGCCAGCCCAGUUGCAGGCCUUGUGUGUGAAAGUGUCUACCUUGGCGGAGGUUCUCGCUCGCCAGCGAUGGCUGAUUCUUCUCGUUGGCAGACAAAAGCAUGGGGAUGACGAUCAUGGCGCUGCAGUGCUUUGGACAAGCUCGCCCAGAUGCCCAGAGUACUCGACUGUCAGGUACGCAGACACGGAUGGCAUGUACUCGCCGCUGCCCGGUGAAACCAUCCAGGCGCUCCUGGAAUACACCGCUAGCUGCGAUGCCAACAACAUCGAGUUUGAUACCAAUGGUGUCACCACGCUCAUCUGCAACGAGAUCUUGCGCAGACCAACGCGCUCGAUGUCCAUGAACGAGUCCAGCAGCGACGUGCAACAAGAUCCGGGAAUGGGGCGCUACAUCACGUCGUAUCAGCUCGACGGGGUGGUGAUGCCAUACGUGACAAUCGCGAAGUACGUAGGAGACAACACGGCGACUCGAGCGGCCUUGGUAGGAUCCGCGGUGUGGAUGUAUUGCAUCGUUCACGGCAUGGUGUCCGUCGCAGUGGGGCUCAUGGGGGCGGCGUCCGGGCGGGGGCUUGCGGUGUGGCUGUUCGCUCCCAGGAUGGUCAUGGCCAAGCUUGGAGCCGAGGGCAUUGCAGGCGACGAUGCGUUGCUAUCUCUGCUAGGAUUCGAUGGCGUGAGCUGCGUUGUGACUGCCCACGGAGCCAACGUAGCCUCGAUCGCGACUGACAAGAUCAUCUCGUGGGAGCCGUCGAAGCGGGCUCGCAUGGCUUGCUUGAGCAUAGCAUUCAACAUUGUCGAGCUCUUGCUCGUGGUGGGAGGCUGGCUCUAUGGCGCGCUCAAGGUGGAGAAGCUUGCGCCGAGAGGACUCGUUGGCCAUGGAAUGCUGUGGCUGGCCACCGUGGUGAGCACCGGUCUCUCCUUGCGGACGCUCGUGAGCGUCCGGGAGAGGCUCAAAGGCAGGCUGAUUGGGAUCUUCGCCGAGGUUCAUCACACCAGGCUCGCCAUCGCUAGAGAUCACAAGAUAUCAAGCACGCCGAGCUCGCCAUACCUCUCGCUGGUAUCAAACAUCCUCUCGAGAGCCGAUCACGACGUCCAGAGCAUCGAAGCAGCUCUCACGCUCAUGCGCCAGCCAUUGUUUUGCUCCGAGCUUCAGGAGCAUGCCGCGGUCGAGGAGCUCGGGUACGCGUAUCAAGGUGACACCUUGGUUAAGGAAUCCGGUAACAAGGUGGUGACCACAGCGAGCGCGUUUCCUUGGAUCCGGGUGGCGCUGUGCGUUUGCAUCACCAUCCUGUGCUCCGCCUUUGGACCCGUCUAUGCGUACAUGGAAAUGCCGAGGUGGAGCAAGAUCGCGGCGGAGGUGAUGCUUGCCGGGAGCGCUACUUGGUUUGCCACGCUGGCCAGAACGUCGAGGCUGGAGCCAAGCCAUAGUACGCAGAUAUGCCACAUGGUUGCUACCAUGGUAGCCUCGGCCGUGUGGUACGUUGGAGUCAAAGACGUUGGCUAA